AAUUUAUUUGUUCUUGUAUUUUGUAUAUAUUACAGUCAAAGUUCCUUGUAAGUAGACAUAAACAUAAUUAAAAAGGUGCAGCGAAUCGAUGAUCCAUCAAAAAUCUAACCAUUUGUAAAUACAACCAUUAAGGAAUUCAUAUUAAAAAAUUUAGAGAGAUUCUAUCUUGAGUUAUUUUAGCUGACAGAGUUGUAGAAAAUGUGGAGCCCGUUUGUGAUGGAAUAUUUUGUGGUCCGAUGGCAGGAUUCAGCGGGGUUUAGGGAAGGUCAACAAUAAUGUUGCUCCUCUUUAUGUACUCCGUAUUUAUUUAAUUAAUUGUGAUAAAGAUGAAGGGUUUUACGGAACCGAAAAGUCUUUAAAGAUCACCUAACAUUGUCACUAAUGGCCUAAUGGGAAAGUUGUUCCUCUAUAUUGGAUUGUUUUCGUUUCAACAUAUACAAUGUAUGACCAUAUUAUAAACUUGUCACAUGAAGUACAAGCAUUAAAUAUACGGAGUAAUCUGUAAAAUAUAUUUUAUGAUCAGUGUUAGUUUGAGGAUUUUUUUAUAACUAACAUGUGACGAUUGAUGUUAUUAUCGUACAUGUUAUAAACUUAUAGUCAUAUUUAGACAAGAAAUACAAUAUACAUUAACAAGAAAAAAAAAAAGAAUAAUAACGGAAUAUUCGUUAAUAAAAUUUCCUACAAGGUAUAUAUACGAAGUAAGCUGUAAACCCCUCCUUAGAUAUAAAAAGAGUAGCCUAAAAUAUCGUUAUUCUGCAUUAGACAAUACUCCUAUAAAAUAUAGUCGUGAAAUAUUAUUAAUCUCCCAAAAUCUUCAUCUUUCUCCAUCUUCACAUUUCCAAUGGCUCUGAAAGCAAUUCAUGUCGCAAACUUACCAAAUUUCGAUCACACCAAUUAUAUCUCAGAAAAUGCCACCAUUUUUUCUCCCACUUCUUUUCCUUCCGUUCAUACAGAAUGUUUGGUGGAAGAGGAAAAAGAAGGAAAGAAGAAGAAAUCAUAUAAAGUUGGGAAAUUUGUGGUAAUGGGACACAGAGGAAGUGGUAUGAAUAUUCUGCAAUCUUCAGAUCCUAAAAUGAAAACUUUUAAGGAGAAUUCUAUUCGCUCUUUUAAUCAUGCUGCUCAAUUUAAUCUCGACUUCAUUGAGUUUGAUGUUCAGGUCACCAGAGAUGACUGCCCUGUCAUUUUUCAUGACAUACAUAUCCUUACCCAAGACGAGGGAGUCAUUAUAGAGAAAAGAGUGACAGAGAUUACCUUAGAAGAAUAUCUGAGUUAUGGACCUCAAAAAGAGCCAGGAAAGGUUGGAAAGCCUAUGCUUCGAAAAGCAAAAGAUGGGAGUAUAUUUGAGUGGAAAGUUGAGAAUGAUGCUCCUUUAUGCACAUUGCAAGAGGCUUUUGAAAAUGUUGAUAAUUCCUUGGGUUUUAAUAUUGAGUUGAAACUCGAUGAUAGCAAAAUUUAUGAUGAAGUGGAGCUCAAACGCAUCCUUCAAUCAGUUUUAAAGAUUGUCGAUAAUCAUGCUGAUCAAAGGAGGCCCAUACUUUUUUCAAGCUUUCAACCUGAUGUUGUGCAGUUGAUGAGAAAACUGCAGGAUAAUCACCCUGUUUUCUUUCUUACCAAUGGAGGAUGUGAAAUAUACACUGAUCCUAGAAGGAAUUCUCUAGAGGAAGCCAUCAAGCUUUGUCUUGAAGCUGGCUUACAAGGGAUCGUCUCUCAAGUAAGGGCGAUUUUUAGACACCCUGCAAUGGUUGCUAGGAUCAAAGAAUCCAAGCUCUCCCUUAUUUCUUAUGGCCAAUUAAAUAACGUGCCAGAGGCAGUAUACAUGCAGCAUCUAAUGGGUGUUGAAGGUGUGAUCGUCGACUGUGUUCAAGAGAUAAAAGAAGCAGUAUCAGAUUUUAGCGAGACAUCUGCUGAGGAGACUGAUGAAGAGAAUUCCUUAAUUAACGGUAAAGAUAUGGAAGAAAAGAGAGAGAGGUCACCUGUAAAGUUCUCAGAUCGUGAGCUCUCUUUUCUUCUGAAGCUCAUACCGGAAUUGGUACAAACUUGAAUGCUCGUAAUACAUUUAAUUUUCUGUUGUAAUUUAUGUUCAAAUGUACUUCAUACCAUGGUUGGUUGGUUUAUAUUGUGUAACCUUCUCAGAAGAAUUUAAGUCUCCCAAUCAGUCAUCUUAGAUUUAUAUACGAAGUGUGGAGUAUAUAUCAUGAUUGAUUUAGGGUAUGAUAUGAUUUUAUUCGCGUCUUUGGACACUGUAUGUUUGUAUCUUAUUAGCCUUGACUGAUUUGGGGUAAGGCUUUGCAUAGUUAAAGUCUUGGUUGUUGUUGUGUACCCAUUGUAGUAAGUAUGUCAAUCAUUGUACUAA